AAUAAAUGUCAAUAUAUAUACGAAACAAAUAUGAUUCACAAUGUGUUAUUUCCAAAAGAAUAUUUAUCUUUCGUCGACGCUGGUGUGCGAAGAAAAGCGCAAACAUUCUCGAAAUAUUCAGCGUGACUUCGAUCGACUAUAUACUCGAAAAUGUGUUUCAUGAUAAUUUUAUGGUGAAGACGAGGUCACUUGCAAAACAAUAAAUCGUGAAUUAAAUGACAUGAUUAUGUGCGGCUAACGUAUACACUCGCAUUUUGAUUAAUACAAAAGCAGUUAGAGAAGAGAGGGGAAAGAAAUAACGAAUUCCAGACACGGAAAUCAAUUUGUCUGGCUCAACUAUGCGAAACGCAGUAAUUGGAUGAGCUGAUUAGGAACGAUCAGCAGUAAAUUUCUGAUACUAAGAUAGGAGGUCAAUUUCGUGACUCUCUUUUCAACUCGACUCGCAGUGCCAAGACAAAGGCGCUUUGUUCAUUAAUUACAACCCUGCUCUCUAAGUCGACGCUAGGGGUUCUUGGUCUGCAGAUGAGCAUAAAGCGCAGUAGGUUACCGGCGCGAAGGGUUAACACCCAACAUUGACCAUACGUGUGUUCCUUUCUAAAAAAAAUGUCGGCGGACAUAUAUAAAUUGGAGUCACAAUGUGGGAAGAGUUUGCCAAAUUUUUCUUCAAAGGACUUGAGACUAGCGGAUAUCUAUCACUACCUUGUCAACGAUAUUUCGGACCCUAGAGUUUCCAACUGGCCCUUGAUGUCAAGUCCAUUUGGUAUAACACUAAUUUCGCUCGCUUAUUUGUCCUUCGUCCUUUGCUUCGGACCAAUGUAUAUGAAAGAUAAGAAACCUUACAUGCUUACCAAAAUUAUGAUUUGUUAUAAUAUUUCCGUCGCAACUGCAAGUGCCGUUAUAUUCUAUGGUAUCCUUACGUCUGGUUAUACAACACAUCUUUCCGUGGGAUGCGAGCCCUUCAUCAUUUCAGACGAUCCCAUGUCGAUCAGCAUGGCUCGAUGGGUGUGGUGGGUACUUAUUUUAAAAAUCACUGAGCUAGGAGAUACCGUCAUUUUCGUACUCCGAAAAAAAUAUAAUCAAACGUCAUUUCUUCACGUAUAUCAUCAUACAGCGACUCUCUUUCUGGCUUGGAUCUCUUGCAAAUAUGCGCCAGGUGGUAUGUGGACCUUCAUAAUGUUACCCAAUUGCGCGGUGCAUGUAGUUAUGUACAUAUACUACCUCUGUGCUUGUUUGGGGCCGAAUGUGCAGAAGAUGAUCAUCCCUUGGAAGAAAUAUAUGACCAGUUUGCAACUGAUCCAAUUCGCUAUCAUGGUGGCCCAUACGUUUCAAGCGCUUCUACCAGCUUGCGAGCCAACGCGGAAACCAUUAGCAUACAUUUACAUGUCCCAAGUCGCCUUUAUAUUCUAUAUGUUCUUAGACUAUUAUAGAAAGUCGUAUUUGAGGAAAAAGACAGAGUGAGCGAGCAAUCCUUUACGAUGACGCGAUAGUUGUCCGAAAGAAGAUGAACUUCGGGAAAUCCGCGUGUUCGGAGGUUCCGCGUCGAAAGUUUAAAUGAAUAUUAUAUCGAGUGAGCAAAGUUUCUCUCCUAAAUAAGUUAAUUUAUAGUCAGUUUGAUAAAUAGGGACGCAUGCAAAUUCUCGAUAACUUUUAAUAAUAUCAGGAAUGCACAUAUAUUUCCCAUAGGGAUCGCAUAAUUUCGAAAGUUCGGUAUUAAAAUUAUCAAUUUGAGUUUAUCGAUGCGCCGUUUACCUUCGCGCCGUAUAGUGUGCGCGAAUAAUUAACAAACGCUUUUGUAUUUUUGUAGUAGAGAAAAUAUUCUUGCGAGGCUUGAUUUCAUUUUGCCGAUAUUACAAGGUUUCGAAACUCUACCGAUAAUUUGAUUGCCUGGCGUCGUUGAUACGUUCGUGGAAUAAAUAACAAAUAAAAAAAGUAAAAAUCGUA